AUGGUUUCGAAAAGAAAUUCCUCCGAAGCAGAGCUGCCUCUCCGGCAUGCGCAUGAGGAUCGCAAGCGUACACGAAUGGAUCCAGCUACCGAGCUCCGUAGCAACAGUAGCGAGGAGACAACCGUCUCGGAAGCACCAGCGUUACGGUAUAGUCCUGGACUCGAGAGAGCUUCAACGGAUCCGAGCAGUGUCAGCUCCGAAUCAUCCGACGACGGAGAAGACGAAGACGAGGAUAGCGAGUUGGAAUUUGAAAGCGACGAGUCCGAAGACGACGACGAAGACGACGAGAGCUUGGCUGAAGAGGAGGUGCGACCGCAAGAAGAGCGAAUCCGUCUCGGUGGCCCGAACAAACCAGACAUUGAUCCCAAAAGAGUCAUGGAGGAAGCACAGAAGCUGUGUGCGAAACUGCAGGAGUUCAUGCCAAAGUUGAGAGCUGCGAAUAGUGACUUGGCGGAGAAGGGGGAUAAGUUGAAUAUGGAGAAUGUGGAAGAGGGCGAGAGACAUAUUGAGAUGAGUCUUGGACUGGGAGUGCUGGAGGAGCAGAAGGGUGAAGAGGAGGUUGCUCUAAAGGACGUGCAGGAUAGGAGCGAAGAAGUGACAGAGGAGGAGGAACGCGGGCGCGACGCCAUGCGCGAACUACUUGGUAUGGACGUUGGGGGCGUAAGACCUAGCAUCGAAGAGGUGCAGGUUGCCACAGUCUCGCCAGGACAGAGGACAGACGCGGACGACACUUGA